GAUAUGCAUGGAUGAGCGGAGCGAUUCAGUACACUACAGAUAAACAACGAUGCCUAUGUGCGGCUCAAAGCCACGUCCCGCCGAAAAGACGUUCACUCGUGGCUUGGCGACCUCGGCCGCCAGGGCAGCGGUGCAGCCGCGCUGUCUGAAGUGCGUGAGCAGUGAGGGAAGUCGCCUAACAGACGUAUUUUAUGAAGCUUCGUCUAUAGCAUUACUCAAAAGAGACAAUCAACACUGUUAUUUUCAGUCUUUAGAGUAUAAUCUGCACUAUAAGCAC